AUGAGACUCAUCAAUACCACAACCCUAGAGAUCGAAGAGUUCUUUGACAUCUCUAUACCUGAAUAUGCCAUCCUGUCACAUACUUGGGGCGACGGCGAAGUAUCGUUGCAGGACUGGGCCGACCGCAAAAACCGCCGUUUCAAGCCCGGUUUCCAGAAGAUCAUGUGGGCUUGCACCCAGGCUGCCAAGGACCAGCUCGACUACGUCUGGGUGGAUACCAACUGCAUCGACAAGAGCAGCUCGGCAGAACUCUCAGAAGCCAUCAACUCCAUGUUCAAGUGGUAUCGGAGGUCCACUGUCUGCUACGUAUACUUGGAGGACGUGCCGGCCAUGACCCUGGAUCAGUGUAUUGAACAGGACAGUGUCUUUAGAAGCGCAAGAUGGUUUACCAGAGGCUGGACCCUUCAGGAGCUAAUCGCGUCGCCAAAUAUCAACUUCUUCUCCAACGACUGGACACCGAUAGCUACAAAGCCGGAACUGGCGCUCUGCAUCUCCGAGAUCACAGGAAUCGCGUGGUCAUGCCUCCUCAAGGGCAGGCUCUCCAUGUCCCAUCCAUUGAGGAGAUACAGCGUGGCCCAGCGGCUGGCAUGGGCAUCUCGCCGCUCGACGACGCGCAUCGAGGACCAGGCCUACUCACUCCUUGGGCUUUUUGACAUCACAAUGCCGCUCGUUUAUGGAGAGGGCCACGAAGCUUUCACCAGACUUCUUGGAGAAAUCAUCCACAAAUACGCCGACCACAGCUUCUUCGCCUCUCAGCUGCGAUACGCUGACUUUCUGCCCCGGUCACCUACGGAGUUUUGCGACUCACAGUCUGUGGUCGUCAGCAGUUCGCCGCAGCUACAGAAACAUUACAUCCCCGGCGAUCACUCAUAUCCGUUCCAUCUCACCAACACGGGCUUACAGAUCACUCUACCCAUUGUGACUACCCUGGUGCCGCACUUUGUGUUUGGUGUUCUCGAUUGCUGGGACCUUGAGAAAGCUAGCACCCAAUCUACCCGCUCUGUCUCUCGGAUAUGGAUACCGUUGCUUCAGAAGGGCCCUGAGCGAUUGCAGCAGUAUUCGCGGUUGCUUUGGCCUAAGACUUUCUUCCCGGUGAAGCUGGCCCGGAAGGAGAGUAUAAUGGGCGCGGUGCACGAGAACGAGAACACCACGGGAGGACCGCGCGUUCAUCCGUCAGAGCAUUCUCUCUUCUGGGCAAGGGAGGGAUCAUAUACAGAAUCUGCUGCGAUACCGAUUUCGAAGUAUGUCGAUCCCCUCUCAACGGGUUUGCAAAGAAGCAUUCUUGUCAAAAAGCCGUAUGCGACCAUGAUAUCUGUUCCAUCGUGGGACUCUCGCGAGGCUCGAAGUCCGUUUCUUUUAUGCUUUCCUCGAGGGACUUCUAACUAUCGUCUCUAUGGCAUCUUUCCUAGCGACAACAUUUUAGACGCCGCAUGGUCAGCAGAAAAGCCGCCUCUCCUACCACUGGUGCUGCCACGCCGAAUACAGGACAACGGGGAGAACCACAGCGACCUCCACGGCGCAGUGGUUGUCUUCAAGAAACGUCAAGUACGGCCCCCGAGGUUUGUCGCCAUAUGCUUGGCCAAUAUCGGACACCCUGGUGAGGAUGACAAAAGCCGGAUCAAGUUCAUCCCCAAGUGCAAGGUUAUCCAGGAUUGGGAGUUUUCGAAAGCCCAAGACAUGCAAAACAUUGAUUUUCGUGAACUCUCUGAUGUUGAUGCCGAAGGCGAUGCGUUGGUCAGUAUGCAGAAGGUGUCAAGUAAUUCCAGGUCAGUGACCCAGGGCCCUGAGCCCCGUUUCGUUGGCCUGACCCAGGUGGUCUUCGAUAGAAGGCAGAUGAUAGAUGAGUUGCAUCUAUCGCCUAACCAAGUCCCAAAGGCGCCGGAGGGCAUCCUGCAGCACUAUGGCCAAGAGGUUCUGAUGAAGAUAUAG